AUGUCCAAUUUAAUCCAAAUUCGCAGAUAUGAGGAAGGACCACAACAAAAGAUUACAUCAUCUGUAAUAGAAGAACGAUUACAAUUAAUUCGUAAUCGAGCUGCAAAAAGACAAGUACAAGAGACAUCACCUGCACCUUCAGCAAAACGUGCCAAAAAGCAAGAUCACCAUCUUGAUGAUGGCCAACCUUCCAAUCCUGAUGCAUCCAACAAACGUCGUAAUCGAAAGCAGCCACCAAUUUCGUCAACGGAUACAAAAAUGCCAGCCCAGCAGGCUGUAAAGAAGGAAAAUGAUCAAAUUUUACAUCAACUUGCAGAGAAUAACGAUGGAACCCGAUCGAUACAUCAAAACGAGGAACAUGAUACGAAUCAUGAUGAUCCCCUUAGCAGUCAAGAUCAGGAUACAUCUCCAGUCGAUCAGCCGCAACAAAGUGAUUACAUAAUCUUGGGUAAAAAGACAUCCAACAAUACUACUCAAUCUACACCUCUUUCCCCCAAUUUUCCCCAAUGGAUAGCUAAACCGAACUAUAUCAAUUCUCAUGAUAAAAUUAAAAUUGACCAAGUGUCUUAUUUACAAAAGUUUAUUCUUAAAAAGUUAAAGAAACAAGGAAUGUCUCAUCUCUUUCCAGUGCAAUCUACAAUUAUUCCUACAAUCUUGAAAGAUUACCAGCAUUUUGGCUUAUGUACACCUUUACCUGUACAUGACAUAUGCGUAUCUGCACCUACUGGCAGUGGUAAAACCUUAGUUUAUGUACUACCCAUUAUUCAGGUUCUUAUGCGACGAAGUGUCAUGCUACUUCGAGCGCUAAUUUUAGUACCAACAGCAGAUUUGGCGUAUCAAGUCAAGAAAGUAUUCGAACAGUUUAACGAAGGUAGCGGGCUAAAGAUCGCAACUGCUAUUGGCCAACGAAAUUUUAAGAUUGAACAAGGAGAAUUGAUUGAUGCUCUUGGAGGUCGUAGCAACGUUGAUAUCCUAAUAGCAACGCCUGGAAGGCUAAUCGAUCACAUUAAUAUGACCAAACAUUUUACGUUGGAACAUUUGCGCUUCUUGGUCCUUGAUGAAGCUGACAAGCUUUUGAUAUCUUCACAUCAUCAACUAAUUAUGUCAGCAUUAAAAGCUUGUUACAAAGCAGAACAAAGUCAAAUUAUUCCUCCUAAUAAAUUUAUUCUACACACUACACCUCGAGAUCCUCCGAUACCAUCGAUUGUGUCCAAAUAUUGCAACAAUAAACUCCCGCUUCAGAAAUUAUUAUUUUCCGCUACUCUAACUUAUGAUCCCGAAAAGCUUGCUCCGUUAGAGCUAUUCUCUCCAUUACUUUAUCAAAUAUCCGAUCAAAAAUCGAACUUAUCCACAAAUGAAAUAGACUAUUAUGUAACCCCAGCUGAACUAACUGAGUAUUACAUAAUUUGCGAACCUGGGGAGAAGCCUCUUACAAUUAUUCAUUUCAUGCAAGCACUAAAACAUCUAAGAGUUCUAUGCUUUACAAACUCCAAAGAAUCUACAAAGCGAUUGUCACUACUGUUAUCUAUAUUUGGUGAUAUUCGCGUUGCUACUUUGUCGUCCGAGGUCCCACGAAAAGAUCGAAAACGAAUCAUUAAACAAUUUUCGUCAGGGGAAAUCGAUCUUUUAAUAUGUUCCGACACUGUGGCGCGUGGUAUCGAUAUUGAAAAAGCAAAAUUUUUUAAAACGAUGCUAGGGAAAAAGCGUGCCGAUGUCAAAAAAUUUAAAGUUAAUUGUACACAGUUUAACGACUAUAUAGAUAAAUAUCAGCAAUCCCUUGAAAAGUUAGAAGCUACAAUUACGGAAGCCAAUAAUAAUAAGAAGCGUUCUCUAGGACCUUUUCGAAAGGAUACGGCUGAAAAAGACAAAGAUACCUAA